AUGCAGAACAUAUGUGUUGUUCCAGGUACAAUGCCUGGCCUGGAGUGGCUGGGUCUUACGGAGCAGAAAGUGAAAGAAACAGUUAAAAACGUCGCUUUGUCGAAGCAGUUAACUGCCAUCAUCUCGGCCGCUGAGGAAGCGUUGAAGACUGCGGGUAAAUCGUUGGAGCUGGAAAAGCAGCAGGGAACAUUGUUGUACCAACUGGGAACUAAAGUCAAACCGCAAUGCGUGAAUCAUAUUCCAUUACUGGUUGGCUAUAUUAUCAAUGGUGGGAUCAGAAGUGAGGCUCAGGCGAGUUUCUUUCGAUAUCACAUUCUGACCGCUGCCUUGGACUAUCUCCUCUCAAAUGCUGUUCAUGAUGUCGAAAUUGUCGCACUUGAGAAAGCGUGCGGCGUUGGAGUGACUGUCUCUGCCGAUGAAAUCGAAGACGCAGUUACCAGCGUUAUUGAGAAAUACAGCAAACAACUGGUAGCUGAACGAUAUGCAUUUAAUGUUGGAAAAUUGCUUGGAGAAAUACGCUUACUCUUGCCUUGGGCUGAUGGAGGUUACGUAAAGAAAGAAGUGGAUCUUCGAAUUCUCGAACUUCUUGGUCCCAAAACUAUCGACGAGAUUUUGCCAAGGAAAAAGGCAAAGAAAGAAGACAAACCACUCGAGAAAAAAGUCGCGGGUAAGAAGGGCGUAGCGCUUGAAAAAGAAGUCACUACAGAGCAGAACGGUCUAAUCGAGGAGAGCGAUGGUGCAGCAACGAUUGAGGAGCUCAUGCGUACACGAGCUCAUUUCCACAAGGUUGGCGAAAAUUAUACCACUGACGGAUACGUCACUACUCCGCACACGAAGGAGUUGCUAAGGAAACACCUUGAAGCCACUGGAGGGAAGGUCAUCACUAGGUUUCCACCUGAGCCAAACGGUGUUUUGCACAUUGGGCAUGCGAAAGCUAUUAAUAUCAAUUUCGGAUACGCCAAGGCUCAUGGUGGGCUUUGCAAUUUGAGGUUUGAUGACACGAAUCCGGAGAAAGAAGAAGAGAAGUUUUUCACUGCAAUCGAAGACAUCGUUGGGUGGCUAGGU